AUGGCGCACACCGCUGCAUUCAUGCAGGCUAACGCGCUCGCCUCCCUCGGUGUUGACGAGUUUGAUGAAAACAUCCUUCCCCGCCUUCUUAUCACGGCCGUUGCCGCCUCGUUGCUUUACGUGGGCUUCGCUUCUACCGCGAAGCUAUCGAGACUGUCCGCUGCUGGGCCACUCACCGUCACAGAUCCAGACGAUGUAGUUCACAACCAUGACAGAAUCUCUACUACCUCCAACCUCGAUAGCCUGCUUAGACGCAAAUCCUUGCGGCGCCGUAUCCUCUUGGUAGUCGAGUGCGUAACGCUGGCAGCAUCAGCUGCGACCGCCUUGAGCAAUCGCAAGAGUCGCUUCAACAUCGUUGAUACCUACUUUUGGUUCUAUCUCAACAUCAUCUACUUGAUCGGUAUAAGCCUCCCAGCUUCAUCCUCUCAUGUUCGAUUGGCAGCCAAACAAACUUCCGCCCUUCUCUGUACCGUCCGCUGGUUGGUCGCCGCAUGGCUAUGUGGUACUCGGCCCCUCUACCAUGAUGAUUACUUGGCUUGGCCGCUCUCGGACGUCGGCCUCGUCGCUACGACGACCAUUCUCCUCCUUAUUCACCUUUCUUGGCCUCGGUCUCUUCCUGCCGAUCGCGCCGGCUAUCCUGACGCGACCAGAGAGUCUCACGCUAGUCUCCUGGGUAUGCUGAGCUUUGCUUGGGUCGAAAGUAUCCUGCUUACAGCAUGGUAUCACAACACGUUAAGCGCCGCUCAGAUUCCCACACUGAGCCCCUUCGAAACGGCCACUCAUACCACUCAAGCGUUCGAGAAGUCUACGCACAAUGACAAGGGCAUAUUGUCGCGUCUUAUUCGUCACUUCCGUACCACACUGAUCCUGCAAGCAGUCUGGGCCGCCGUGUAUGGCUUGCUCUCCUUCGUCCCUACCCUGCUGCUCCAGUCUAUCAUGCAACACAUCGAACACGCAACGGACACCACGGCCAAUCAAGUUUGGGUCAGUGUCGCACUACUCUUCCCCUUUAGUCUUCUAGCCUCAGUAGCUGAAAGCAGAACCAUCUGGCUCGGGCAGAAGAUUGGCUUCCGUCUACGAUCGAUAAUGAUCGGCGAGAUUUACGGAAAGGCGCUCAGACGGCCUACUGCCAUUCAGGCAACGGCGAAACAGGCGAGCAAUGGUAUCCAGCCGGCUCAUGCAGAUAUCGGGACCAUUCUGAAUUUUUUGACCACGGAUGCGUUCAGGGUAGCUGAUGCUGGUGCCAACAUGCACCAGGUCUGGGGCUCCGUACCUGUUCAGGUCAUUGUCGCUAUCGCCCUGCUCUACAGAACUUUGGGCUUUAGCAUCUUCGCCGGUGUUGCGUUGAUGUUGGGAGUCGUCCCUAUGAACUCGCGGAUUGCUCAGCGAUUUGGUGCUAUUCAGAUGCAAGUCAUGGCUGCAACGGAUGAAAGGAUUCAGAGCACAACUGAAGUGAUUCGAGGCAUCCGCAUCAUCAAGCUUUUCGCAUGGGAGCUCCAUUUCGAGCAGCAAAUCGAAGAGAAGAGGCGACAUGAACUCAAAGCUCUGCGCUCGAGAUACAUACUAUGGUCUAUUGCUGCUAGCAUCUGGUAUGGCAUGCCGCUGCUUAUCUCCUUUGCUUCCUUUUUCCUGUAUUCAGCCGUUCUUGGAAACCCGCUCACGCCAUCACUGGCCUUUACCUCGCUAUCUUUGUUCAACCUCUUGAAAAUGCCGUUAGACGAUUUAGUCGGCAUGAUCACCCGAACUCAAGAUACCCUCUCGUCGAUUCAGCGGGUCGAAACCUUUUUAAAAGAGGAAGAGACGGAGAAGUACGUUGCUCUUGCGCAAACACAGCAUGAAGGCUUCAGCCAAAUCGGGUUCGAGCACGCAACGAUCUCAUGGGGCGAUGUGGCGGAGCGAGCCUCUGAUGCGCAAGAAACAAAAAUCAAAAAAGGCAUAUCUAGUGGUACAGCCUUCACCUUCAACAAUCUCGACAUUCACUUCGCCGUCGGGAAACUAAACCUCAUUGUUGGCGCCACUGGUAGUGGCAAGUCUUCCAUGCUCUUGGCUCUCCUCGGCGAAAUGAACACCAUUUCGGGUCGCAUACUUACGUCAUCCACCAUGGAUCGUAACAAGUUGACAGUAGACCCGAAGACUGGGCUCGUGGAUGGUGUCGCAUACUGUGCACAAGAAGCAUGGCUGAUGAACGACACAAUCCGCAACAACAUUACAUUCGGCAGUUCCUACGUUGAUGAACGAUACCAAGCAGUGCUGGAGGCUUGCGCGCUGGUUCCUGACCUGCACGCUUUAGCUGACGGCGACCUCACACAAGUCGGUGAGCGCGGUCUCUCUCUCUCUGGAGGUCAGAAGCAGCGGAUUGCGUUAGCGCGUGCCGUUUAUUCAACCGCGUAUCACAUCCUUCUUGAUGAUUGCCUUGGAGCCGUGGAUUCGCACACCGGUACGUGGAUUUUCGAAAAAUGCCUGAUGGGGCCGUUGGUGAGAGGGCGGACAGUCAUUCUAGCGACACACGAUAUUGCACUUACCGGGGCCGACGCCGACUUUGUCGUGGUUCUUGAGGGCGGAAAAAUCAUCACUUCGGGUAGCCCGUGCGUGAUCAAGAGCUCACACCAACAUCCCGAGUUUGAGAAUCUUGCCCUCCGUAACGACGACGACGAAAAUGGACUCUCUCGGCCGACGAUCAGUUCCUUGAACCCUAGCAUGCGGCCAAUACAGCCCACCAGAGCUAGCCUUGAGCUGGUCCAACGGAAAAUUGCGGACAUGUUUGGCGGGAAGGCCUCGGGAACCGAUAAGACCGAGAACCACGGCUCAAUCCCGUGGGUAAGUGUGCUCCAAUAUCUUCGUUCUAUGGGGAGUUGGAGCUUCUGGUCAAUGCUCAUCCUUGCUUUUGUUGGCCAGCAAGUCGGAACUAUCGGUACGAAUUGGUGGAUUCGGGUGUUGUGUGACGCAUACAUUGCAAGGAGCCAUGAGCGUGCCAUACAGCCCACAGAGAGCACCCAGGAUAUCAGUGUUGCAUACUACUUCGGAGUAUACGGCCUUAUCAUCACUCUUUUCCUGGUCGUCGGCAUGGCCAGAUUGCUCUUGAUAUCAUACGGCUCGCUCCACGCUUCCUCCGGCAUACACACUACACUCACAAGAUCUAUCAUGAACGCAAGGUUCGACUUUUUUGAUAAAACAGCGUUCGGCCAAAUUAUCAAUCGUUUCUCCCGGGAUUUGCAAAUGGUGGACCAAGAUUUGGCUGUACUGGCAGUCGCAACCCUACAUUUUCUCGUAGCUCUGCUCGGGAUCACCACACUUAUUCUCAUCAUCACACCAGCAUUUAUCGUGCCUGGGAUCUUCAUCGGGAUCGCUUAUUGCAUCAUCGGGACCUUGUACGUAGGUGGCACACGCGAUCUCAAGCACAUUGACUCAGUACAGCGUGCGCCACUUUCCCAACAUUUUAGUGAGACACUCUCCGGCAUUGCCACCAUCCGUGCUUUUGGCGCUGUUGAUCAGUACCGAUUUGGGAACUUAAUCCGGAUUGAUAACGCAAACCGAUCAUCGUUCAUUCUGGCAGCCACGGAAAGAUGGCUAGCCGUCCGCCUUGGCCUGGUGGGAGCCCUUGUCUCACUCUCCGCCGGCUUGUUUGCCAUUUCGACGAGAGGCAAAUUGCAUCCAGGUGCGAUUGGACUGAGCAUGUCGUAUGCCGUUGUGUUUUCGGAACACGUAUUAUGGCUCAUUCGAUAUCAUAUAGCGAACCUGAACAACAUCAUGGCUUUGACCCGUGUACAAGAAUAUAUGAAUCUGCCGCAAGAGGCUUCGGUUGUUCUUGACAAUGAUAACUUAAUGCAAGGCUGGCCAUCACAGGGUGAAAUUCGAUAUCAAGAUGUCUCUGCUCGGUAUGCCCCUGGGUCUGAAGCAGUACUUCGCAAUGUCACCUUCACCGCCAAACCACUAGAGCGCGUGGGAAUUGUCGGUCGUACAGGCGCGGGUAAGUCAAGUUUGUUGCUUACUCUGCUGCGCGGCUUGGAGGUAGAAGAUGGUCGGAUCCUGAUAGACGACGUGGAUAUCAAGCAGCUUGGACUGAGACUUCUCCGUCGCAGCCUUGCUAUUGUUCCCCAGGACCCUACCCUCUUCGCGGGUACGCUUCGGUACAAUUUGGACCUUCUCAACGAACACUCCGAUGCGGAGGUGCUUAUGGCUUUGAAAAGCGUCGGCUUACGGAACACUGCAACACACGGUGACGAGACCUUGGACCCGACAAUGAAGCAGAGCAAGUUCUCCGAUCUUUCCUUCACGCUUGCAGAUUCCGGUUCCAACAUAUCCCAAGGUCAGAGACAGCUUGUGUGUAUCGCGCGCGCUCUUCUCAAAGCACCAAAGAUUGUGGUUCUGGACGAGGCCACUGCCUCCAUCGAUCACGAGACCGAUCUCCUAAUCCAAAACUGCGUGCGCGGCCUGGACGCCACUGUCAUUACCAUUGCGCAUCGACUUCGGACAGUAGUCGAUUAUGACAGAAUAGUGGUUUUGGAUGAUGGUAAGGUGCAAGAAUGUGAUCAUCCAUGGAUGCUCCUUCAAGACAAAAACAGCGCUUUUUAUGACAUGUGUAAUGUGGCAAGCGAUGGUCAAAGUCUGUUCAAAUUGGCAGAGGAUGCGUGGCACUCAGCUCGCAAGACAGUAUCUUAG